ACACUUGGUUUUCACAUCUUGUUCUGGACUGAAAAAUCUUUGAAGGUUUCUCUCAUGUUUUUUCUUACAUAAAUGGAAGUGUACUUGAGCUUUAUUAAUCUGAAGGUCCGGGAUGAGUCACCCUCUGCCUUAUAAAAAGGAAGCUGAAUUAUGCAGAAGCUCAAGAACUGAACUUUCCUUUUGUUCUUGUAGGCAUUUGGAGAGAUGGAAAUGGUAUGUGCAGGCUAAGAGCAGGAACUGGAUAGAUACAUAUCAGCAGCAGUUUGGGUCCCAUUGGUGAUCAGAGAGUCUAAAGAAGGCUGCCAGCCUUUCUACAUUACUUUUCCUGAAGGAUCUUUGUAGAAAGAGGACAAGAUCUGAGAGACUACUUGAGACUUCUACACAGGACAGCUGUGAAAGCAUGAGGUGUGGUCCUGGACAACAGCCACCAAGCAAUUCUUGUGUCUUGUGUGGGAAAAAGUGAAAGUGAAGCUAAUGCUAAGCAUGUCUUUCCUCAUUGUUGUUUUUUGCUAUUGCAGAAGGCUGUACUGCUUUUUAGCACAGCUAGUGAAAUGGUGGAGCAACUACCUUCAGAGAAAACUCAGAAGGAAUCUCAGUGUGCUGACAGAAGUUGAUCUACUUGGUUAUAGCGCAAGAGAAUGGAAAGAAGAAACAAAGCAGGCCAAGCACAUGAGGGAGGCAUAUGAAGAAUUGUUUUGGAGAUGUCACAUCAAAUACCUGCAACAAGUCAGGAAGGACAACUACAGUGUACUAAGAGCAGUCCUUUUUCAGAUAUUCAGUCAAGGCAUUCCUUUUCCAUCAUGGAUGAAGGAGAGAGAUAUAUUGAAGCUCCCUGAAAAGCUUUUGUAUUCUCAAGGUUGCAACUGGAUUCAGCAAUACAGUUUUGGGCCAGAAAGAUACACAGGUCCCAAUGCCUUUGGUAAACUGCGCAAAUGUAUGGAGGCACUAAAGGCAAAUUGGGCUGAAAUAAGUGCUACUAAAGAUCGUGAAGAAAGAGGAAACAUGUGUAAUACACUAUUUUCUGAUGAGAGCAAGGAAUACAAACUAUAUGAGGCCAUAAAAUUCUUGAUGCUCUAUGAAGUUGUUGAAGCCUAUGAGCAGAUAAAAAACAGGGGAAAACCUGUACACAACCUUUUUCGCCUUCUCCUUGCUCGGGAUUCUUCGUCUGACCCUUUGAGCUUCAUGAUGAAUCAUCUGAACUCCAUAGGUGACUCUAUUUGCCUAGACCAGGUUGAACUGUUUCUUCUUGGAUACUUACUUGAAGUAAAGAUAAGAGUUUACAGACUGCAUAGGUUUAAUACUGAGGAAUUUCAAGUGAACUAUCCAGAUGAAUACCGAAGGGAAUGGAAUGAGAUUUCUCUCCUGACUGAGGAUGACCGCUACUAUCACAUCCCCCUUUGCAGAACAUGAAGGACCAGUGACUCUUUUUCCCUUUGUGUGUGUAU